GCCACAGCGCCGGGAGCUGCGGGCGGAGCAGGGGCCGCCCCUCGGCACCCCGUCCCCGCCCCCGGCCCGCGGCCCGGCUGCCUGCCCCGCCCGCUGGCCCGCGGGGCCGCCCUCCUAUCCCGCCGUCUGUCAGGUGCGAGGGGAACGGGGCGGAGGUGUCUGACAUUGCUGCUCACCCACCACUGUGAUCCAAAAUGGCGAACGUCACACCAGUCAAUGGCAGCUCGGGCAACCAGUCUGUGCACCUGGUCACAUCAACCCAUAACCGCUAUGAGACAGUGGAGAUGGUUUUCAUCGCCACAGUGACGGGCUCGCUGAGCCUAGUGACUGUCGUGGGCAACAUUCUGGUGAUGCUGUCCAUCAAGGUCAACAGGCAGCUGCAGACGGUCAACAACUACUUCCUCUUCAGCCUGGCAUGUGCUGAUCUCAUCAUAGGCGCUUUCUCCAUGAACCUCUACACCGUGUACAUCAUCAAGGGCUACUGGCCUCUUGGCGCCGUGGUCUGUGACCUGUGGCUGGCCCUGGACUAUGUGGUGAGCAAUGCCUCUGUCAUGAACCUUCUCAUUAUCAGUUUUGACCGGUACUUCUGCGUCACCAAGCCCCUCACCUACCCAGCCCGGCGCACCACCAAGAUGGCGGGCCUCAUGAUUGCUGCCGCCUGGGUCCUGUCUUUUGUGCUCUGGGCGCCUGCCAUCUUGUUCUGGCAGUUUGUGGUGGGCAAGCGGACAGUGCCGGACAAUCAGUGCUUCAUCCAGUUCCUGUCCAACCCGGCAGUGACCUUUGGCACAGCCAUUGCUGCCUUCUACUUGCCUGUGGUCAUCAUGACGGUGCUCUACAUUCACAUCUCCCUGGCCAGUCGCAGCCGAGUUCACAAGCACCGGCCCGAAGGAUCUAAGGAGAAGAAGGCCAAGACUCUGGCCUUCCUCAGGAGCCCCCUGAUGAAGCAAAGCGCCAAGAAACCCCCACCAGGAGGAGCUGCUCGAGAGGAGCUGCGCAACGGGAAGCUAGAAGAGGCACCCCCGCCGGUCCUGCCACCCCCGCCGCGCCUGAUGGCUGACAAGGACACUUCUAAUGAGUCCAGCUCAGGUAGUGCCACCCAGAACACCAAGGAACGACCACCCACAGAGCUGUCAACCACAGAGGCCACCACACCUGCCACGCCCGCACGUCCCCUACAGCCACGGGCCCCCAACCCAGCCUCCAAAUGGUCCAAGAUCCAGAUUGUGACGAAGCAGACAGGCAACGAGUGUGUGACAGCCAUUGAGAUCGUGCCUGCCACGCCAGCUGGCAUGCGUCCAGCAGCCAACGUGGCCCGCAAAUUUGCCAGCAUUGCCCGCAACCAGGUGCGAAAGAAGCGGCAGAUGGCAGCCCGGGAGCGCAAGGUGACACGGACCAUCUUUGCCAUUCUGUUGGCCUUCAUCCUCACCUGGACGCCCUACAACGUCAUGGUCCUGGUGAACACCUUCUGCCAGAGCUGCGUCCCUGAAACAGUGUGGUCCAUCGGCUACUGGCUCUGCUAUGUCAACAGCACCAUCAACCCUGCCUGCUAUGCCCUCUGCAAUGCCACUUUUAAAAAGACCUUCAAGCACCUGCUGCUAUGCCAGUAUCGGAACAUCGGCACUGCCAGGUAGGCAGGCAGGGGUGUCACAGGAGGUGCUGGUGGUCGCAUGUGUGUGCUGGGGGACCACACGGCUCAGCUGCUGUGGGGUGAGAUUUAGAGGCGCCUCUCCAUGUUCAUGUUUACUGAAGAGAACUGAGGUCCCCAAGACCUCGUGAGGCUCAGGAAGAGGCUCUGGAUUCAGAGAGACCAGCUCUCUGCUCAGGCUGUCGAGGGUCAGCCCCGGAAGUGUCUGAACCGGAACUGCCAGGCCCUUCUCUGUUGCCCUGCCUCAGGGAGUUGGGGUCACUGGCCUAUGUGGGCACCUGCCCCACUAUGACCAACCAGCACGGCUGAAAGAAUGGACAUCUGGAGGGGGCAGAAGCCCAGGACCCCCUUGGGAGGAGCAGAGGCCCAUGCUUGGGAAAGGAGGUUCGGUAAAGGCACGGAAGAGUAGGGUCCCCCAUUCUGUUGUAAUCGGUGCUUUCUGUCCCCCUGCACCCUGCAUGUAGGCUCAGCCCCCUCCUCCCAAAUCCCACUCUAGGGGUAGAAAUCUCCCCUUGCUGCAGCUACUCAGCCAGGUUCUGGUGGGAUGGGU